CAUGAAUGUCAAGUAGUUGUCAAAAAUAUAAAUAAACCUGGGUUGGCCCGAGAAAUUAAUUUUCGGUGAAUUUAUAAAGUCAUUCAUACUUACUGUAAUUUUAACGUUUUGAACAUGCCAUGUUAAUAUAAAAGUGGCUUAUUAUAUGUAAAAUCCGAUCCCAGACAUAAUGAUUCGACAAGGAAGUAUUGAUGAUAUAAAUACUCAACAAUUUUUAAAGAUUUCUAAUUAUGAAGACACAGUCCGGCAACUGGAUAUUUACUAUGCCAUAGUGAAAAGGCAACUAUUAAGGUUUCAAAGUCCUAUAACAGGAUUAUUUCCAGUUUUAUCAUCCGAUCUCCACAUAGGCAGUGUGAGAGAUAGUAUUUACUGUGCGUCAGCUGUGUGGGGACUCUACCAAGCAUACAGACGCAUAGAUGAUGACCGGGGCAAAUCUUAUGAACUAGGUCAGAGCACUGUAAAAUGCAUGCGUGGAAUACUGGAGUGUUGGGUAAAGCAGUCGGCGCGAGUAGAAGCAUUUAAAACGCGGCAGAGUGCCGCACAUGCGUUACACGUAAAGUUCCACCUCACCACUGGGGAGCCAGUGCUCACAGAUGAACAAUACCAUCAUUUACAAAUUGAUGUUGUCUCCUUAUAUUUACUCUUUCUCGUACAAAUGAUCACAUCUGGGCUACAAAUUAUUUACACUCAAGAUGAAGUGGCAUUUGUUCAAAAUCUGGUAUAUUAUGUAGAACGUGCCUAUAGAACGCCAGAUUAUGGAAUGUGGGAAAGAGGAUCUAAAUAUAAUGAUGGAAAGCCAGAAAUUCAUGCCUCUUCAAUUGGUAUGGCAAAGGCAGCUCUAGAAGCCAUCAAUGGAUGCAAUCUUUUUGGAGACAAGGGAGCAUCAUGGAGUGUAGUUUAUGUAGAUAUUGACGCCCAUAAUCGCAACCGAAGUAUUUUUGAAACUAUGCUACCACGCGAGUCAAGUUCCAAGGGAGUCGACGCUGCAUUACUGCCAACAGUAUCGUUUCCAGCAUUCGCAACACACGAAGAACAUUUAGUACAGUUGACAAAAAACAAUAUAUUGAGGCGUUUGCAAGGGAAAUGUGGAUUUAAGAGGUUUAGUCGUGAUGGGUAUAAGUGCGUGCUAGAAGACCCCAAUAGGAGGUACUACCACGAAGGGGAACUGAAAGAGUUUGAUGGUAUCGAAUCAGAGUGGCCUUUAUUCUAUGUAAUGAUGAUCAUUGAUGGCGUGUUCCGCACCCUGCCUGAUCAAGUCGAAGAAUACCAGAAACUUUUGAAAGCCAGGAUUUAUAUGGAUGAAUUUGGAGAUCCAGUAAUUCCUUGGUAUUAUUAUGUGCCUCGUGAAGGCAUUGAAAAUGAACGAAAUGAACCGAAUUCAGUUCGCAGAUUGCCUGCAAAUCAUCCGAGUGACGGUAACGACAAAGAUACAGGUGGUUUGUUCCUGUGGGCACAGUCUUUGUUCGUGUUGGCUCAAUUGCUGACUGGAGGACUGCUGCAUGUGAACGAAUUGGAUCCCAUUAGGAGAUACCUACCUUCCUACAAUAGGCCGCGACGUGCCGGACGGUACUCCGCCUUCCAGGGUAUUGCAACCGAUUUGGUGGUCCAAGUAGUGUUGAUAGCAGAGUCUAUGCGUCUUCAAGCCAUGAUGGGAACAUACGGUAUACAAACACAGACACCGCACGAAGUUGAACCUGUUCAGGUAUGCAGUUCGACGCAGCUCGUGCACGUGUACAGAGAACUCGGAGUAUGCCCCAAACUGAAGCUCACUGGACGUCCAAUACGACCUAUCGGCUCUCUCGGUACAAGUAAGAUAUACAGGGUGUGCGGCAUGACGGUGCUGUGUUACCCGCUCAUAUUUGAAGUGUCCGAGUUUUACCUCUACAGAGACAUGGCUCUGCUCAUUGACGAUAUCAAGACUGAACUACAAUUUGUUGGCAAGUACUGGCGUUUGUCCGGUCGGCCGACAGUAUGUCUACUAGUGCGGGAGGAGCACAUGCGGGACCCUCACUUCAAGCACAUGCUGGACCUGUUCGCGAUGCUCAAGAAAGGACACUGCGACGGCGUUAAAGUACGACUCGGGAGACUGCAGAACUUGAUCUCCAGCUCUUGUAUGGAACAUCUGGACUUCAUGAGUCAAGGGGAGUUUCCUUCCGAGAUGUUCACCCAGUUCAAGCAGUUGGAACACGAGUACAUUGGCUACCAAUCUCUGACGGACGUGCCCCGCACGCUCACGUACCGCGAGGAGAAUCUCUCAUACGAGGCAUACAAAAACCGCUCCACACCCGACGUGGUCUCCGCGCUGAGGUCCAUCGACAAUAUCUUCGCCCAGUGCCAACUCUGGGGGAUACUCUUACAAAGAGAGGGUCCCAUGUUUGAGGUAAACGGUACGAACGCCCUGGAGUCCCUUAAGAGCCUGUACCACAGCGCCGGCGUGCUGCGGCACUGGCGCGCCGUGCGGUACUGCUCGUCUCUGCUCAACCAUACCGUUGACUCCAUCAGCCCUUUCAUCACUACAGUGCUAGUCAAUGGGAAGCAGCUUACCGUGGGAGUUAUUGGUCAGAAGGAGACAGUAUUUGACAAGCCCAUGACUCCGGGAGAAAUACAGUCUGUGAUGUACUCCACUAUACAACCGUACGACGUCAUAGGAGCAGUAUUACAACAGGAAAUUGUGCUAUAUUGCGGACGGCUGAUAGGAACGAACCCGGACAUGUUCCGAGGUAUCCUGAAGAUCCGCGUGGGCUGGGUGUUGGAGGCCAUCCGUAUCUACCUCGAACUGUUCCCCAACGAGAAGCGCGCGGACGGCUCGCUUGAGAGUCUCUCGCCUUAUAAGCUUCGCACGCUACUGCAGCAAGUUCUCACUGUUUCAGACUGGGCAGAGGAAAGAGGAUUGACUCCUCUACAAAGGCGACAGCUGGAAGGAUGCCUGUGUCGAGUGCCAAAACAUUUUUAUAUACAAGUUUGGGAUAUAUUGCUGCGGACACCUAAAGGAAUUAUUAUUCAGGGGCACUCGAUCCCGGCGGAGCCGACGCUGGUGAACAUGUCGCGGUCGGAGCUGUCGUUCGCGCUGUUGGUGGAGCAGGCGCUGGUGCGCGUGGAGUCGCCGGCGCGGCGCCAGCUGUGCGUGGAGCUGCUGUGCGUGCUGGCCACCAUCCUGCGCCGCAACCCCGAGCUCUAUCUGCAGCAGCCGCUGCACAUCGACUCCCUCGUGCACGACGCACAGCUCACCUUCGCCAAGGACAGCGGAGUGUCAGACAUAAACGCGCUGAGCAGCGCGGCGCCGGGUGUGUCAGUGGGCUACCUGGCGCGCGCCGUCGUCAACAGCGUCCUGCAGGGCGCCGCCGCCGCGCAUCUCGAGCCCGCCGCGCAGCCCUCCUGUCUCGUCUCCUGACAUACUCGCCCCCUAUCUACUCGUUACACUAACUACCGACAAAGAUUCAUUUCUCAACGUUAACUUGCGUACGAUCACUUGAAUCUUUUACCAUAAGUCGGGGCGAAGAACAAAUUCAGACCCCAAUUUAGGAACUUUUAUAAUCAUCUCAAUUCUAUUACUCAUGCAUUGUAUCAUCGUUUGUCGGCUGGGCAACAAUAAUUUUUAUUUUAGAUAUAGGUAUGUCAUAUUUUGAUUACCUACCUACGACUGAAAUUUUGUUAGUGCUCUCACAGCACAAUGCCAAGGUAUAAUCUUACAUGAUGUAGUUGUUAUCAUUCAAAUUUAUACAAAAUCAAGUUAAAUAUUAAUAUAUUAAUUCCAUACGUUGUUAUUUGUUAACUUUAGGUAAGUGCAAUUGUUAUAUUUUUACUGUAAGUAAGUAUUAAUAAAAUACAUCUACUAAGACAUGUGUAUGCAUUCCUCGAUGAAUUGUGUUUUGGAACCAUUAGCUUCAAUGGCAAAUCAGCUUGAUUAAGUUCGCGGCGGCGCUAAAGGGCCUUGUUUAAUAUACAAAUAUACAUUUUUAAUUAUAAAAACGGUAAGGUGUUUGAAAAAUAGUUUACAAGCAACAUACAAGGUACCUACUUACGUGAAGUUAUUUUUCUAUUUCAAAUUAAGCUUGUAAAAUUGAAUAUUUUUUAUAUGAAUUAUCUCUGUUUAUCUACCACUCCGACCUGUCGAAUUAUCCAUUACUAUACAUAUUCACUAGGCAUAAUUGCAUAGUUACAUAUAACAAGAAAUAUGUACCUAUAUAUACCAUUAACUGAACUUUUGAACCAUAUUUUGUAGUAAUUAUAAUGUCAAAUCAGUUUGUUUAAAGUUUAAUAUAUUUGUUUGCUAUAUCUCAGUUAUAUUUAUUAAUAAGAAAGUAUUAUGUUGUAAAAAUCUGAUUAGGAUUUUGUAAACGAAAAUAUUUUUAUGGAAAUAAAUAUGUACCUAAAUAUAAUAUGAAACAAGAUUUGUUUUUAUUGUCAUAGGCCGGGAAACGAGCCUUCGUAUUACCUAAUCAAUGACUACAGUGCGUUGCCGCUCUCUUGUUGGUUAAAAGGGAUUUAGGCUCUCUUGUUGGUUAAAAGGGAUUUAGGAUGGAGGAGGGAGGAUUGGGACUCCUCCACUUAUUAUAAAAUGUUAUUGAAUGUUAGAUCCCUUUAUACACUUACAAUCAGGAUCAACUUAAAAGAGGAAACAAAAUGUUUGUUAGAUAAAUAAAGUGGGAAUGCACAACAUUCAAACAAAGACAAAGAGAUAAAUUCGUAUAUGUGGAAGAAAAAAAAGUAAAUCAUAAAUAAAAAACAUUCAUACAAUCACGGAAUAGAAAAUACAGCAUACAAUGAUUACUUGGAUAAACUAGGUCAUUAUGUAACAUAUUAAUACAAAAUAUUUAUAGUGGUGUAUGUAUGUAUGUUUAUAAAAAUUAAAAAUCUGACAGAUUUUUAUUUUUUAUCGUCAAACUUUCCUAAUAAAUAAUAAUAUUCACCAUUCUACAGUUAGGAUGUUUUAUUAUAUAAAAACAAUCACAUGUAUUCACAGGUAACGAAAAAUCCUUCACACAAAACAGACUUUGUUCACACCAUUGCACUCAUUUCACUACUAUAAUAAAUUAAACUGGCAGUAUGGCUACUAUAGUCCAUUGUAUAUUUUAUUAUUUGGUGUUUGUUUAAG